AAAUGAUAAAUGUCACUGUUGUCAGCGUUUUGUGUUGUGGGUUGAGUUGAUUAUUGUUGUGCAAAAAUCCAAAAAAUAUUACAGGGUGUACAAUUUACGAUAUUUCUCGUAUAACCGAGUAGAAGGAAAUAACAGGCAUCAUGACGGAAGUUUUACCCGUCGAAGAAGCCAGACAAGACCGCGUGGAGACGAUCCUGAAAGGCUUUCAAGUAAAUUGGAUGAAUUUGCGAGAUGCUGAUACAGGUAAGAUCCUCUGGCAGAACAAUGAAGAUAUGUCAAGUCCUGACCUGGAGCACGAGGCGCGUGUUCCCAAGCGCAUCCUCAAGUGCAGAGUGGUGUCCCGUGAAAUGAACUUCAGCUCUAUUGAGUCUAUGGAGCGCUUCCGUUUGGAACAGAAAGUCCUUUUCAAGGGAAGAUGCUUGGAGGAAUGGUUCUUCGAGUUUGGCUAUGUCAUCCCCAACUCUACUAAUACUUGGCAAUCAGUUAUUGAAUCUGCUCCUGAAUCUCAGAUGAUGCCUGCUAAUGUUCUCAAUGGCAACGUCGUCAUUGAAACCAAGUUCUUUGAUGGAGAUCUGCUGAUAACCACAUCGCGCGUACGACUUUUCUACGUGUAAAUUAUCGUCACACAAACAAAGCAUUUACUAGUCAGACAUACUUUUAAUGCAUUUCCUACAAUCCUAAUAUUUUUGUUACAAUCUUCUAUUGAAUUGUUAUUUCGUCCUGUUCGAUUCAAAAUCACAAGUGACCUUACGAUUUGGUUUUGAAAUCGGUCUAUACUUAUAGUUCUAAGGCUUACACUAUUUCCCCUCGUGGUUGGUAACAUUUGAUUAGAAAUCAAGAAAAACAUUCCUAAAAUACCUUCCACAUAUGCCAGUAAGUCUUCAUAGAAAAUGUAAUUGUCAAUUGAAUAAAAAUAUCUCUAAGUACUUACUUACACCUACUUAUAGCUUUUAUAAUUAUUUUUUAUAAGAAGCAUUUUCUAUUGUUCUACAUAUAGUGUAGUAAGUAGCUUCUCAAAUUUUUGUAAGAUACUUACACUGUUUAAGUUUUAUGUUUUUGAAACACUUCAAAAAUAUAUGCAUCUGAAAUACCCAAUUUUGCUUUUAAGACUUUUUAUCAUGCCUAGAAAUAUUUUUUUGUUGAGUUUAAAUGACAAAUUUUGUGAUUUAGUGAAUACAUUUUAUUUCAAGAAUCUUGAGUAAUUGUUUAAAUAUACUGCGUACAUAAUCGUAAUUCAACGUACAGGAAAUUAAUUAUAAUGUAAUAUUUAUGAGUAUUAUAGAUUUUAAGUUUUAAAUACAUGAUUAGUAAGGUUCGCCUA